AUGGACCAGGGAGCACCUCUGAAGGAAAUCUCAAUAGACAUGGAGAUAAAUGAGGAGGAGGAGGAGGAGGAUUCAUUGGCUCCUCACAGUAACACAAAGGCUCUCAUCAAGGACAGGGACCCAAAUGGAAUCAACAAGUGUCUUAAGGUGACCUUUGAGGAUGUGCUAGCGGAGCCUGCUUCAGUGAGAAGCUUUGAUAAGGUGUGGCUGUGGAGUCAUGCUCUGUUUGAAGUGUCUCGACUCUGGUUUUACCGCAUCGUUUCCCUGCUGCUCGCGGUGCCCGUGGCUCUGACUGCAGGCCUUCUCUUUGCUGUCCUCAGCUGUCUACAUAUUUGGCUGAUAGUUCCCAGUGUGCAGCUCUUGGUCAUAAACUUGCACUGGAUAAAGGUGGUCUGGCAUAAUGUGCUGAACAUUGCAAUCUUCCCCUUCUUCAGAAGUUUUGGAAAGUGCUGUGGAUUCAUCAGAAUCAGUCUGGAAAAAUAUUAA